UAGGGUUUCCCCUCACAGUCUCAUUCCUCAGAGAAUUAGAACACGAGUGAACCUUGCGGCCGCACUCUCUCCGCGACUCUCAAUCUCUCUUUCUAACUAACCCUAAUUCUUCAAUUGUUUUCACAGUCAUGGCUGAAACCGUCCCUGCUGUCGUCGCCGCCGAAGUUGAUCCCAAUCUUAUCGAGGUCAAGCUCUUCAACAAAUGGAGCUUCGAGGAUGUUCAGGUUAGUGAUACUUCUCUUGAGGACUACAUUGGAGUGUUGGCAUCGAAGCAUGCAACUUAUGUUCCUCACACUGCUGGGAGGUACUCGAAGAAGAGAUUCAGAAAGGCUCAGUGUCCCAUCAUCGAGAGGCUGACAAACUCUCUCAUGAUGCACGGGAGAAACAAUGGAAAGAAACUCAUGGCUGUUAAGAUUAUUAAGCAUGCUAUGGAGAUCAUUCACUUGCUAACUGACCAGAACCCAAUUCAAGUUAUUGUUGAUGCUGUUGUCAACAGUGGUCCCAGAGAAGAUGCAACUAGAAUUGGAUCUGCUGGAGUUGUUAGGAGGCAAGCUGUGGAUAUCUCACCCCUCCGCAGGGUUAACCAGGCCAUCUAUCUUCUAACAACCGGUGCCCGUGAAGCUGCAUUCAGGAACAUCAAGACAGUUGCCGAAUGCUUAGCUGAUGAACUUAUUAAUGCUGCUAAAGGUUCUUCCAACAGCUAUGCAAUCAAGAAAAAGGAUGAGAUAGAGAGAGUUGCCAAGGCAAAUCGUUAAGCAACAUUUGGAAGUAGUAGUGAUGAGGAAUAUUUUAUAUUGGUCUUUGUGUUACAUUUAUUUAUCUUUGUUUUUAGACAUGGUGUAAACCAGUUGAUGGUUUAUUUUUCUGCUGUUUUUGUUCGAUUGACUUGUUAUGCACAAUUUUGUUGAUUAGUCUAUGACUGUUUUUAAGGAUCAUUAAGAUAUUUUCUUUCACCA